AUGGCGCUCCUUCUUUCCCUCUUCUAUACCCUCAUCUCCUCCAGUAUUAAAAAAGCUUACAAGCUCGACUUGAAUUUCGACGCGUCCAACCUCCUCGACUCCUUCGACUUCAUCAACUCGCACGACAUCUACACCGAUGGAUUUGCCAGCUACGUCUCUAAGGAUGAAGCCAUUUCCACGGGUCUGGCGAAAACCGUGGACAAUCGGGUCUACCUUGGUGUCGACAACAGUACUGUCAUUGACGUGACGCCUCAAGGUGGCCGCAAGAGCGUGCGUCUCGAGAGCCACGACACGAUCGACCAUGGUCUUGUCAUCGCAGAUUUCAGGCACGUCCCGGCGAAGGCUUGUGGCAUGUGGCCUGCUUUCUCGCUCGUCCACGGUAACGAGCACGAUGGUGGCCUCUUCUCCAAAAUGACCCUCGUCGAGUCCAUUUCCUACAUUCCGCACAACGAGAUCACUCUAUCCACCACCCCCGCCGAUUGCACCAUGAACACUCAGAAGAGCACCGGCAACGUCUUCAGCACGAACUGCAGCUACGCCACCGGAGGCUGUGGCGCUGCUGCCCACACCGGCACCUUCGGCGAGCCCUUCAUUGAGAAAGGCGGCGGCGUCUGGGCAGCGCAGAUCGAAGCCACGGGUAUCAAAGUCUGGUUCUUCCCCCGCCGCACUAUUCCAGGCGAUAUCAGAACCAACGCUCCCGAGCCCGGCAAGUGGGGGACGCCGAUUAUGAGCUUUGCGCCGAAGAAGUGUGAUAUUCGCGGCGUGUGGGCGAAGAUGAAGAUUGUCUUCAAUAUCACGUUUUGUGGCGACUACGCGGGUGGCGAUGCGUGGGGAAGUUACACCUCGUGCCGCUCCAGGACCCAGUUCACUUCGUGCAACGAAUAUGUCGCGCAGACGCCGUCUGCCUUUGAUGAGGUGCACUGGUUGAUCAACUCAGUCAAGACCUAUACUUACGCCGAUUGA